UAAAUGCAGACAAAGUUCCCCACGACACCCUCACCCCCCUCAUGUCUCUACAUAUUCCAGUAAACUUCCCUCCUUUCACCAUCUUCACUGAGUAGUCCCCUUGGAUUUCUGUUCACCAUCCACAGAGUAUUCUGCUUGAGUUUUCUUUUGGUUGUCUUACUUAUUGUCUUUUGGAAUUACAUUUACUCAGGGUAAGAUUCAGAUAAGAAAAAGAAGGGAGAACUACGGUGGAAUUGAUUGUUUAGAACUAUUAUAUAGCAGAUACCUUUCCCUAUGGUGCUGUCUUGUACAGCUUUGAAUGGUAGAGGAGGAACAAACCCUUAGCCAAGCCAUCUAGCUCUCUCCCUGCUCUCAAGUAGCUGCAUUGCCCUUCGGAAGCUAUGAGAGCGACUGGCUCAUCGCUUUCGUAGCAGCAAAAUCCGAUUUUGAUGUCAAAAGUUGGAGAAAGUUCUUGUUUUUGGAUCUGGCCACUGAGGGCUUAAGUGCAUUGUGAGGAUCUACCGGGGGCUGCUGUUGCUGCUUGGGAUCUUCUACUCUUUGCUGGAGAGGAGGGAAAUGGCCUCAAGCUUGGAUCUUUCCGCCUGGUGGGCGAAGAAAAUCCGAAAUGGCACGCCGGUGGUGGUGACGAUGCAGAACCCGAACUACUCGGUCGUCGAGAUCGACGGCCCCGGCGCCGCUGCUUUCCGGUCGAUGGACAAGGACCGAGGGAAGAACGCGAAGCAGUUCACCUGGGUCUUGCUGCUCAAGGCCCAUCGAGCUGUCGGCUGCGUUGCUUGGUUGGCGACCGCACUGUGGGCGCUGCUCCAUGCCGUCAAGAAGAGGUUGCUCUUGCGGCGGGGAUUCUCCACGGAGAGCGACCAGCCUGGCAAGGGCAGGUCGCUGCUCAGGUUCCUCAGGGCUUUCUUGGUCCUCUCGGUUGUCAUGCUCGCAUUCGAGAUGAUCGCCUACUGGAAGGGCUGGCACUUCAAGAAGCCUAAUCUGCACCUGCCGGACAACCUGCACAUACCUGAAGCCACGGAGAUCCGAGGGUGGAUGCACACUGCCUAUCUCUCUUGGCUUGCAUUCAGAGCCGACUAUAUUGCGUAUCCGAUUCAGGUGGUGACAAACUUCUGCAUUGUUCUGUUCAUCAUACAGUCGUUGGACCGGAUGAUCUUGUGUCUCGGGUGUUUCUGGAUCAAACUGAAAAAGAUUAAACCUAGCAUAAAUGGUGAUCCAUUCAAAUCUGAUCAUAUAGAAGGUUCAGGUUCUGAGUAUCCGAUGGUACUAGUGCAGAUUCCAAUGUGUAACGAGAGAGAGGUAUACGAGCAAUCUAUUUCAGCUGCCUGCCAGAUCGAUUGGCCAAGAGACCGUUUGUUAGUUCAAGUUCUAGAUGACUCAGAUGACGAGACAAUCAAGCUCUUAAUCAGAGCAGAGGUGUCCAAGUGGAGUCAACGAGGUGUCAACAUUGUGUACCGGCAUCGCUUAAUCCGAACUGGUUAUAAAGCCGGAAAUCUGAAGUCUGCCAUGAGCUGUGACUAUGUUAAAGAUUUUGAGUUUGUUGCUAUUUUUGAUGCCGACUUCACACCAAACCCUGAUUUCCUUAAGAAGACAAUUCCACAUUUUAAGAGUAAUCCUGAACUUGGACUAGUUCAAGCUCGGUGGAGCUUCGUGAAUAAGGAUGAGAACCUGCUUACCCGACUCCAGAACAUCAAUCUCUGCUUCCAUUUUGAAGUCGAGCAGCAGGUGAACGGUAUUUUCUUAAACUUCUUCGGCUUUAAUGGGACCGCUGGUGUGUGGAGAAUUAAAGCAUUGGAGGAUUCUGGGGGCUGGCUCGAGCGAACCACUGUAGAAGAUAUGGACAUUGCCGUCCGUGCUCAUCUCAAUGGUUGGAAAUUCAUCUUCCUCAAUGAUGUCAAGGUUCUGUGUGAAGUUCCCGAGUCUUUUGAAGCUUACCGAAAACAGCAGCACAGAUGGCACUCUGGUCCGAUGCACUUAUUCCGUGUAUGCCUUCCAGCAAUCAUAGCAUCCAAGAUAUCUAUAUGGAAGAAGGCUAAUCUAGUACUGCUCUUUUUCCUCUUGAGGAAGCUAAUACUCCCAUUUUAUUCUUUCACACUGUUCUGUGUAAUACUUCCACUAUCUAUGUUUGUACCUGAGGCUGAGCUGCCUAUCUGGGUAAUCUGCUAUAUCCCUGUACUUAUGUCCUUACUCAAUAUCCUGCCGGCCCCAAGAUCCCUCCCUUUCAUUGUGCCCUACCUUCUCUUUGAGAACACCAUGUCAGUGACCAAGUUCAAUGCUAUGGUGGUUGGUUUGUUCCAACUGGGAAGUUCAUAUGAGUGGAUUGUCACCAAAAAGGCAGGGAGGUCAUCAGAAUCUGAUUUGUUGAUGGCAGCAGAAAGAGACUCAAAGCCUAUACACAGAGGGGUCUCGGAGGAUGAGCUCGUCGAACUGAACAAGUUGAAGGACCAACAAGUAGCAGCUCCUCCUCCCGCAAAAAAGGAAAACCAAAUUUACAAGAAGGAAUUGGCUCUUGCUCUUCUCCUCCUCACUGCUGCAUUUCGAAGUCUCCUCUCGGCCCAGGGAAUUCACUUCUACUUCCUGCUCUUUCAAGGGGUGUCUUUUCUUCUUGUGGGUCUUGAUCUAAUAGGGGAGCAGAUGAGCUGAAGUGUAAAGAAAGAUCAGAAGACGUUAAAUUCAUAUGCUUUAGUCAUCCAAGCUACCUUCUCAUCUAUAAAACCAUGAAAGUAUGGAUCACUAUAGAAGAGAUGUUCUUCACUGUUUGCAAGCAAUGAGUGAAGAGUGGCAAUUCCUCUUCAAGCAAGUUAUGCAUCUUGAAGUUCUCCUCUCAUCAAAGUCUUUUGUCAUACAAACAUUCUUCUCAUCAAAGCAAUGAAACUGCAGAGCUAAGACGAAGUCUUUCUA